GGCAAGCCUUUGAUUCUGUCACAUGCAGGCUACACAUGAGCCAGCCGCUUGAGGUACGCCAGAUCCUAACUCCCCCGCUCUUCGCCUUGGCUGAAAAACAAGAGCCAGCGAUUCAUCUUGGGAGUUGAAUAAGCAAAGGGGAAGGGAGAAGAAAAAAAACAAACACCCGCAACCCAACCCCCAGCGGGAACGCUCACCCACAUAGCCUCGAAUUCAGGGAACUGGGUUGGGGAGGGAGGGAGGGAGAGGGAACGGCUCGGCUUCAGCCUCUUGCCGAGCCUUGCUUCCAAAAAGCACGUGGAAAUCGCAGUGGAGAACACGACCGCUGCCUCCUGGAAGCACAAACCAUUUUGCAGAGCGCGGUGGCUCGGGAGUAGGCAAGCACGCGCGCGCGCUCCUCUCCCUCUCUCUCUCUCCCUCCCUCUCUCUCUCUCUCUCUCUCUCACACACACACACACACAGAGGCGGGGGAAGAGGGGGGACGGUGGGGAGGAUUCCCUCGUCGCGCACAGCCGGCUUUUGCUACCGAUCGCCCCCUUUCUAGUUAUUAUUGUUUUUUUGGCUCCAUUUGGGAGAGCCCAGCGCUUCCUACGAAAGCUAGCUAUUGAACGCGCAACUCUUCAUUGCCCUCCCCGAGGCGAUUCCCUACCUCCCCUCUUUAUUUUUAUUUUUAUUAUUAUUAUUGCAUUUCGGCAACCCGAGAAGCAAGGUUUGCACUAAUAACGGGAGGACGGCGGAAGAGAGAGAGAGACUCAGCAUGGAUAACAAUUCCGGUGGCGUGAUCCUCUAUGUGGGUUCAACAGCUGGCUCCAGCCCCACUCCAGGCAGCCCUCCCAGUGGAUACCUGGUGUCUUCACCCCAACACUCGCUGCCAUCCUCGUUAGAAGAGCUGACCCUCACCGAGAUUGGAGCCAUCAAGCCGCAGCAGGCCAGCUCCCCCUCUUCACCCAAGGUAGCCUUCCAGUUUCCUGAAGGGAUCUGCUACCCCAGCAAGGGCCAGCUGCCCCCAACACCAAAUAAGGUGCCUGCCACCAAGCAGAAUGGAGCUACCAGCACAUUCACAAAGACCGGUGGGAUGGUGUUGCUUUGUAAAGUUUGUGGAGACAUUGCUUCAGGCUUCCACUAUGGGGUUCAUGCUUGUGAAGGAUGUAAGGGUUUUUUCCGCCGGAGCAUCCAGCAGAACAUCAACUACAAGAUGUGCGUGAAGAAUGAAAACUGCAUGAUCAUGCGUAUGAAUCGCAACCGCUGCCAGCAUUGCCGCUUCAAGAAAUGUCUGGCGGUGGGGAUGUCAAGAGAUGCUGUGCGUUUUGGGCGCAUCCCUAAGCGAGAGAAGCAGCGCCUGCUGGACGAGAUGCAGAGCUACAUGAACAGCCUGAAUGAGGUCCCCAUGGAUGUGGGCCUGAGCUCUGAGGCGGAUGCUCCACCCAGCCCUAACACCCAGGAAGAGGAGGCAAUAAAUGCCAUCUCCAGGGCUUACCACGACAUCUUCCUCAGCGGGCAGGACCGCCUGGGCAGGCGUAGUAGCUCCCCAGGAGCCGAGGCUGCCCCUUUGACCAACUUCAAUGAACAGCCGCAGCUGAACCCUUCCCUGGGUUAUGGGCAGUACGAAUCAGCCACUCUUCGCCUCUCCAGCUACAACCCUCAAGAACCACCCUGUUAUGUUGACAACAGCCCCUCGUGCUAUGGCAAUGAUAUCUUCCAGACCCAGCAGGCCAAUUAUCUGCAAAAUGCUGGAUGCUACCCAUCCUUUGAUUUUGGUUAUUCUGAGGGAAAUGCCCAGAGGAGCUGUCCAUGGCGGGGAACCACCAGAAGAGGCAUUGCUUGUCCUCUGAAUGCCACCCCUUAUUGUGGCAGCGGCAAGAGCAGUCAGCAAGUGUGGGAAGAGUUCUUACAAUGCUUCACACCAGCUGUCAAGGAGGUGGUCGAGUUUGCCAAGAGCAUCCCGGGCUUCCAGUCACUCUGCCAGCAGGAUCAAGUCAUGCUCCUCAAAGCGGGCACUUUCCAGGUGCUGAUGGUGCGCUUCUCCACCCUCUUCAGCCCCAAGGAGAAGAAAGUAACAUUUCUGAGUGGGGAAACCUAUUCACUCGGCAGCCUGCGUUCCAUGGGCAUGGGCUCUCUGCUGGAUGCCAUGUUUGAGUUCAGCGAGAAGCUCAGUUCCUUGGGCUUAGAUCCACAAGAGAUGGCCCUCUUCAUGGCUGUGGUCCUUGUCUCAGCAGAUCGCUCCGGGAUCUCUGAUGUGGAUGCUGUUGAAAUUCUUCAGGAGACUUUAAUCCGGGCCUUGAGAACUCUGGUAACCAAGAAGCAUCCGGAUGACUCCACGCUUUUCCCCAAGCUGCUUCUCCGUCUCCCCGACUUGAGAACUCUCAACAAGCAGCAUUCAGAGAAACCUCUUGCCUUCUGGAUCAACCCUUAAUUCCAGCACAUCGAUCUCAUACGUCCCUCAGACUUUUUUAGGAAAGAAAGAAAGAAAAAAUCCACCAUCAAGUAAAUUUACUGCAGCGGACUAAAUGUUGCUCUUUGGGAAAUGACUGUAAUGAUGAAAUAAGAGGUGUAGAAAGGACACGACAAAGGCAGGAAGCCCACGGCCCCUGGCAGCUCGUUGGAGUAGAUCCAGUGAGGAGAGAGAUGGGAGAAAGGAGGAAGGAUGCAUUUCCCAGAUAGCGCUCUCCACAGCAC